GUGUUUUUUUAUCUUCCAGAGCAUAAAUCUCAAACGACUAGUGUUUGCAGUUCUCAGUGUAAAUCAGUAACCGGAGUACUCUCCCUGUACCAACUAUAAUUCAACACCGCUGCACAACCACCCACCCCUCCCUCCCUCCUUAUCACAGCUACACCGGGUUUAUCGCAAAGGUAAACCCCCUCCCUUGUGCAAGUACUUGUAAGCCGAAGCUUGAAGCCGCCGCGGCAUCCAGCGGGGAGAAGGAGAAGAGGAGGCGGCGGCAGCGGCAGGGGAAGUGAUCCCAUGUCGACUGUCUGGGGCAAGGCCGCAAGCCGCGGGCUCGGCCGGCGUCCGCUGCUGGUCCUCUGGGCUUGUCUCCGGCUGUGCUCCACCUCCACCGACGGUCGAGGCGGAGGUUCUCCCUGGGCCGAGUAUUACGGCACCAAGUCGAGAUACCGGGCGGUGGAAGGCGGCGGCGGCGAGGACGGCCCGUCACCAUGGCGACCGCCGGCCCGCUGCGUCCAACUUCACCUCAGCGGCCUCAUCCGCCACGGCACCCGCUACCCCACCAGCAGGAACGUGCCCCGCAUGGCCGAGGCUCACCGGCUGGUGAAGGAGCGGGCGGACACCGGCCUGGGGCUGGUGCGGGACCUGGCCGCCUGGCGCAUGUGGUACGACGGGCGGAUGGACGGCCGCCUCCACCAGCUGGGCGCCUCCGAGAUGGCGGCGCUGGCCGAGCGGCUGUCCGCCGGCUUCCCGCGACUCCUGCGGCCGCGGGGAGCCGAGACGGAGCGCCUCAAGUUCUUCACCAGCUCCAAGCACCGCUGCGUCAACAGCACCCGCUCCUUCAUCCGAGGCCUGGAGGGAGCCUCGGGCCCAGGCCCAGGGGGCCGCUGGCAGGUCGACGACGGCCUCCUGCGCUUCUACGACACCUGCCAGAAGUUCAUCCGGCAGGUGGGAGACAACGACACCGCCCUGCACCAGAUGGACAAGUUCAAGCAGGGCCCCGAGAUGGGCCGAGUGGUCGGCAAGAUGGCGAAGAAGCUUGGAGUGUCACCGGACGCCAUCAGCGCUGAUGUGGUGGAAGCAACAUUUUAUCUCUGCAUUUACGAAUACAUCCUUAAAGGCAUCGUUUCUCCCUGGUGUGAUCUUUUCGAUAAGAAAGAUGCAGAGGUACUGGAAUACUUGGGUGACCUAAAGCAGUACUGGAAGAGAAGCUAUGGAUAUAAAAUAAAUGGUCUCUCUAGCCACAAGCUAUUCCAGAACAUAUUCCAAUAUAUGGACCAGACCAUCGAAGAGAAUGAGAGGAACCAAACGAUAUCACACCCCGCUGUCUUGCGAUUUGGCCACGCAGAGACCCUCCUGCCAGUUUUGACUCUCAUGGGGUAUUUUCAGGAUGAACGGCCCUUACUAGCGAGCAAUUUUGAAGAGCAGAGGAAUCGCAAGUUUAGAAGCGGGCGGAUUUCACCUCUUGCCGCAAACCUGAUCCUUGUGCUGUACCAAUGCCAUGAAGCCCAGAGCCUCGGGGAAAAGUACAAGCUCCAGUUGUUCCUGAACGAAAGGCCUCUGCCGUUUCCUCAGAGCGGGAAACUUGUCUCGGACUACGACGAAGUGAAGAACCACUACCAGCAUCUUAUUGACACACUGAAGUUUAGCAAUGUAUGUGAGUUUGCCUCGAGGGAAGAGUUAGAUAGUGCACAACAUGCUGACCUAUGAGCUGGGAAGAAACUGCAGACGCUGGUUCAAACCAAAAGCUGGAGUAACUGCUGGCCGGGACCGGAGGAAAGGAAUAGGUGACGUUUCGGGUUGAGAGUGUGGGGAAAUGGAAACGAGAGAUAUAAACGGUACUCCGUCCCUCCCCCACCCUAGUCAUCGUACUACUGUUACUGUUGUCCUGUUGAGUUCAUUUGUCUGCAUAACUCGUUGUCACCUAUCCCAAACCCAACAAUGGCCUAGAUAGACCCAAAGUGCUGGAGUAACUCAGCGGGACAGGCGGCAUCUCUGGUGAGAAGGAAUGGGUGACCCGAAACGUCACCCAUUCCUUCUCUCCAGAGAUGCUGCCUGUCCAGCAUUUUGUAUCUAUCUUCGAUUUAAACCAGCAUCUGCAGUUCCUUCCUACCUAACAAUGGCCGAUUGCUUUACCCUUGAUUGCCGUUGCUUUUUCCAUUCAUUUUUCCUAAGGACUGUCUCUAUCUCUCCUUCUCCUUUCCCCUGACUCUCAGUCUGAGAGGGGUCUCGACCCGAAACGUCGCCUAGCCCUUUUUUCCAGAGAUGCUGCCUGACCCGCUGAGUUACUGCAGCUUAUUGUGUCUGCCUUAUGAUGACUCAUGAGUUAACUCAGAUGGGAUUGGGUUGGUUUGGUUUCAUUUUUAGUUCUUCUUCUUUUCCACACAACUCAAAAUGUGACUCAAUAUAUUUCUUGAAAUUCGGCUGGGAACAAAUUGCAUAUUUUGGGACAGGAAAUUAUAAUUUCUCUUAUGUGUCACACUCACUUCAGUCGUUGUUAACUGAUGUUCCCUGUAAGCAGCAUCGUGGGUGUAGCUGUUUCGAAUGGAUUUGUUAUCGUUGAAAGUUUCGAAACUCCUGUACGUCUAAAGAAAAGAUAGGCACACUCUUUCUCUCCAGAGAUGCUGCCUGGCCCGCUGAGUUACUCCAGCAUUUUGUGUCUAUCUUCAAUUUAAACCAGCAUCUGAAGUUCCUUCAUACACACCUCAAAAGAAAAGGUUGCGUUGGGUUUGUAUGGAUCUUUGGCAAUUAAUCCAACAGCCGGUUCAUCUGAGAUAAAAAUAGAAAUGUCUCUAAAUGCCCAGCAGGACAGGAAACUUCUGUACACGGAGACACAGGUAACGUUUCCAGUCCAAGGGUUCUCAGAAUAGAAAGAUGGACAUCUGAUGAUCAGCCAUUGAUGGGAAAUCAUCUAGCACCUGAAUUACAGGUCCACCACUGAUUUUCCGGCACCCUUGGUUCCAGAGUCUUUCUGGAAUUAUUUAUCCGUUUUGCCGAGCCACAGUGGUCACGGCCUCCGGAAGGGGCUGCCGAGGGACCGAGAUACCGGCCCGCAAAGUCGGCUAUGGGAACGGAUCUGCCGGCUCCAACCGGGCCGGAGUUCCAGAGGCUCUGCCGCAGGGGGCAAAUUUGACCCACCUAUCAGCCGCGGAAGUACCGAUAAGGUCGGGAUCAGCCGCCUCACCCGGCCUAGGGCACCACAUUUAAGGGGGGACUUCCAGAGGGAUUUCAAGUGCACUCGUAAUUUUCUCCGGAUCAAAGGAAGCGCUGGACCACCUGUUGCCAGGAGAUCAGUGAUGGACCUGUAUUAUGCUUCUCUUUUGGUUCUAACAAGGUUGUUUAUUAAUGAUUCAUAUAUUUAUUGGUGAAGUUCCACAAAAUUCAUGUGCACUUGUAUAUUUCCCAACCAUUAUUAUGUCAACAAUGCAACAGUAUUUUCAUGUCCUUUGUGUUGUAACUUGGUGACCAACAGCUGCAGAAGUUCAGUCUGAGCUCUUAAGUUAAGACCAGUGUGGUAUGAAAUUGCACUCAGACCAGUGUUACCUGGCUUCUUUGUGACCACUUUUCAUAAGUUCAGAAGAAGUGAUUCCAAAGCUUUGCUGUCCCUUAUAUUAAUUUGUGCUCGAAUAGCAUUUAAGGAAGUGAAGUUGAAAUAUUUUUUGUA